CGAUGACAUUCACAUUCACAAUACAAGCACUCUUCAUUCUCAACACUUACUUUUACGAAUCUUGUCAAUCCUCAAUCACUUUCCCAAUCAAAUGGAUGAUCUAGUCGACCUUACCUUCGCCACAAGCAAUUCAAACUUAACUUCAAAACCUCAAUCAACUCCGAGGAAUGGUAGUUCUUCAUUUGAUUAUCUUUCCGCCACCAUUGCUCGUCCCUCUAUCAUCACACCAGGACGGACCAAUAGUUCGUACGGUACCAAACCCAAUCCUAUCCAUGAAUCACGAUCGGCCGGUGCACCCCCUACUAGUGAUGCCUUCAGUUCACUUUUUGGGGCCAACGAUAAUGCGAGUCAGAGAACUGGUAAUAGCGCGUCAAGUAUGACUAUCUCUGAAAGACUAAAGGCGGCCGAAUUGGAAAAACAGAAACAGAAACCGUUGGAAGUCCCUUCGAGCUAUGUACCAAAGUCUUUGGAUCCGAGUCCAAUAAUGGGAGCAUCCUUUGCCGUUCCGUCAUCCUCUCGACAGACUAAUGCACCCUCGAACUCUAGCUUGUUACAAGUACAAACGCCCCCGUCAACUCAACCACAUUCUGGGUUAUCUGCGGAUACAUGGGACUUUGACUUCUUGGAAAGUACCAGUGGAAGGGCUUCGCGGGUACCUUCUCCGGUCCCUACAAAUUUGACUGGUGCAAGUCUCCCUCUUUCAAGUUCUUCUAAGUCACGCAAAAAUAGCUGGGACAUCGAUUUUGAUCAGCCUAACUCAAAUCAUCUCACACCUGGUGAUAUCGUCGAGACCGAUUUAUCAUCAUCAACCUCCUCUCUGAGGCCUGGUCCGACUACCCACAAUUCUUCAAUCUCCUUGCUGGGUGAUGAGUUUGGACCUCUGGAAAGCGAUCAAGAACGACACGGUCAGAUCUCUCUUGAGAGUGGAGGCGAUGAUAUACUAGGCCUGCUGGGGGCCCCUGUUGUUGCGAUCGAUCCAGAAAGGAUCAAAAGGGAUGCGGCUCAAUUAUUAGGUCACAAGCAGCAAACAAAAGGACCUUCGCAGCGUACCAGGUCAAAUUCACCACCGCCACAUAUCUUGGGUCAAGUGGUUGAGAUGGGAUUCACGAUUCCUCAAGCUCGACAAUCGUUAAAUCAAACCUUCCAUGCUGAAACUGGCGAAUGGGAUGUAUCCGCUGCUGUUGAGAAGCUCUUGGCAUCUCAAGGCGAGACAGCAGUUGGGGGUACUUCUCAACGAUCGCGAUCAGAGAUCGCCAACCACGAGCGAUCAUCUCCAUCGUCCAGACCACCUCAGUCUCGUCGAAAGGAAGAGACCAGGCCGAACGAGAGUCCAUCAUCACUCGUCAAUGCUAAAGAGAUUCAAGACCAAGCGGCCGAUCUAUUGGCUCAAGCUUCUGCCUACGGCUCAACAGCCUUUGGUAAAGCGGCAUCAUUCUGGAAGCAGAGUAAAGCAUCAAUAACGAAAGUGAUUGAAGAUCAGACUGCAUCGUCAUCUGGUUCUUCCCAAACAAUGGAUGGUGGGAUGAUAAAGCCGAAGUGGAUGAAAGAUGAUCAACAACUUUCUGAGCAAGAGCAUAAUACAUCUGAUGUAUCUCGUAGUAAUGCUUUUUCUGAUGACUUGGGACCAUCGUACUCUAAUACAAAUCGAAGCGUACCCACCUCUAGACAACCAUCUCCCGGUGAACAAAGGCCUUCACAAUCCAGGCAGCCAUAUGUGUCAUCAGCUCGGCGCAAGGUAGCAGAGCGUAAUGUUAAGAAACCCACUGCCGAACGGACGUUCUCAUCGCCGGAUCUUCGUAACACGCCUGAUAGCUUCGCAUCUCUAGCUUCAGACCUUCAACCUAGCUUACCAUCAGUACAAGUAUCCAACAAUCACAAACUAACACCCACCUACAACUUUCCAUCAAUUCCGAUCAUCAACCUUGAUCAAAGUCAGAUCACGACUUCCCUUACACAUCGUAAUAAAGGCAAUGAAUGGUUCAAACAAGGACAAUAUUCCAAUGCCGAAUCAUCUUAUACAAAAGCGCUGGAAACAUUGCAAGGAGCUGUGAUGGGUGAAGCAGGCAAAGAUGCUUAUCUUGGGUGUUUACCUGUCUUGAACAAUCGAGCAGCUGCCAGACUGAAGAAUGGAGAUGGGAAAGGUGCAAGAGAAGAUGCGAAUCGAGUGAUUGAGAUUCUAUUAUGUGAAGAUAGUGAGAUGAAGAAAUCGUCAGAGUAUCUGAUGAAACGAAUGGAAUCGAACUUGAAUCGAAUUCCUAAUGAAUUGAAAGGAUCGAUGGAUAUCAAUGAACAAUUGGGUAAAGCGCUAAGUAAAAGAGCCAAGAUUAAAGAAGAUUUUGAGAAGUGGGAAGAAGCCAAGGUAGAUUGGGAAUUUUGUAGGAAUUUGGGGGGAUCGGUGACGAAAGGUGCAGGUGGAAUGAAGAUGGUUGCAGAAGGAUUGGCUCGAUGUAUGAAAGCGAAUCAAAGUGGUGCUCAGAAUGUUGGAGUUCGUUCGUCCCAAACUUCAAGACCAAUCACAGCACAAAAACCGAUAACACGCACCCGACCGGUUGUAGUAAAUAAUCCAAAUACAUUUACAGCACUUCAAAAAUUAAGAGAAGCAAAUGAACAAGCAGAAUCUGAAUCAAAUCAAAUGUUUCAAUCAAAAGAUCUUGUAGAUGCAAAAAUUGAAAAUUGGAAAUCAGGUAAAGAAACCAAUUUAAGAGCUUUAUUAGCUAGCUUAGAUCAAGUUUUAUGGUCUUCAUUGAACUGGAAAAAGAUUGGUAUGGGAGAAUUAUUGACUGAAUCACAAGUUAAAGUUAAAUAUGUUAGAGCGAUUUCAAAAGUUCAUCCUGAUAAGAUUCCCAAAGAUGCAACUGUGGAAGAACAGAUGAUUGGUAAAGCUGUGUUUGCUGUACUUAAUGAAGCAUGGAUAGCAAUGCAAGGAUAAAAGUUCUUAGAUUUCCUUUUUCAGAAUGAUUUGUGUUGCACAGCAAACUUGAUGUGUUUUUCUUUUGCAUUGUUCUACACUUUUUUUGUUUUUGAUUUUGAUUUUAUAGAAUGUUUUAAAUGAAUUGAGAUGAUGAUCAAAGAAUAAAGUGUUUUCAUUGAUUUUGUUUAGAUUAUUUUUGAUGACAGGUUUUUUAAGAAAAACAUUGAGGCCUUUCUCUUCCGUUUUACAAGAUUG